AUGAGAUACGGCAUUACCAAAAAUAGAAGUAGGAUGGAUGAUAGUAAUGAAAUUGCCAAAAUGGCCGAAACUCCAGGAUUACAGCGUUCCAUUAUGAAUGCAAUUUACUCGAAAUUGCCGGCGGAUGUAUCAAAUACAAACUCGAGCUGUGAAUCAUUAGGACGAUUAGAUGAUGAUAUGGAUACGUCAGCUUUUAAUACUACAAUCGGAGAAACAACACAAUUAACCAAACACACAAGUGAAAACUCCAGUGAUGAGAAGAGCAAGUCAGCUUCAUCGGCUGAGAAGGAAAUAGCUCGAAAAUGGUUGGCAAGUUGUCGUCGCGGAUCUGUCAUCGAGUGUUCGCAGCUUCUUGAAAAGAAUAAAUAUCUGAUUAACUAUGUGACACCAAACUACUAUAACUAUACGUGUGUGCAUGUGGCUACCAGAGCACGUCAACAUGCUGUUUUACAAUUUUUGUCGGAUAGUAAGGCAGAUUUGAAUGCUCAAACAUUGUCAGGAUAUACAGCUUUACAUUUAGCUGCUCAAACGAAUGAUAAAGAAACAAUCAAUGUUCUUCGAGCAUUAGGAGCUGACGAAACGAUUUGCGACUUCUUCGGACAGCUCUAUGGCAAUUACUUUUCGACAAAAGAGGCUGAAAGCAUAUGGACUUCUUCAGGACGUUCAGAACAUUCAUCAACAUCUCGAGCUUCAUCUACAUCGCGAACACAACCAUUCAAUGAAGUCAGUACAACCAUGGGAUCAAUUGAUAAUCAGAAUAGCUCUUCAAUAGGACGUACGCGAGAAGCUAUUCGUGAUCUUCUUAAGAUUAACGCUGAUUCUCGCUUCUAA